CAUUCAAGAGAUAUAUUUUCUCACGUUCAUGUACCAAGAAUCAUAGUGUCGUAUUUUGUUCUGUGAAAUAAUGAUGUUGGCUGUGUUUAUAAGUGUAUUGCCUCUCUUGGCGUUGAGUGUAAGUGGUAACAAGUGUGAUGGUGACCUAUGUUCCAAGAGCACAGCCAGGAUUGUGGGCGGAGAGAUCUCAGAGCAGAAUAGUAGGCCUUUUCAGGUGGCCCUGUACUCUCGCGUGGGCACGACAGGCGAGCUCGGCUUCUGCGGGGGCGCUCUCAUCAGCCAGGAGUGGGUGGUGACUGCGGCACAUUGCUGCUUCCAUGAUGGCGAGGAAGUCAACCAUGUACAGGCGAUUCUUGGCGCGCAUUCUCUAUACGAUCGCUACGAGAACGGGCGACGCAUCGUGAACGUGGCGGAAUUAGUGAUACACCCCGAGUACAACCCUAACUCGUUCUCCAAUGACAUCGCACUGCUAAGGCUCGCUAAUGUUGUGCAACUUUCUGACAUGAUAAAUACGAUCCAGCUGCCGUACCGCAACAUUUCAUUAUUCAACUUCGCGGGCGCCGGAGCUACCAUCUCAGGGUGGGGCAUUGCAGCACAAGGGGUGAACUUCGUAUCACCCACACUUCGGCAGAAGUUCAUGACGGUGGUAACAGAUAAUUUCUGCAACGGCUACUAUUUCAACCAGCUCCCGGACACCACUGUGUGUACCUUCUAUGGAAGUGCAGGCACGUGUAAGGGUGACAAUGGAGGUCCUAUGACGAUAUUUUACAACGCAACCGAAACGGAUAUUUUGGUGGGCGUGACGUCAUUCAUCAGUGCCGACGGGUGCAAUGACAACCGGCCCUCUGUGUUCACCCGGGUGCAGAGAUACCUCGACUGGAUCAACCAAGUCACUGGAAUUGAAAUUAUUUAAACAUAUCAUUCUUUGUUUCUUUUAUAUUUGCGUGUAAAUAAAUAUAUUCAAGUUGCCGA